UAUGGAAACUUUAAAUAUACGUAAUGGUUGUGACAUACAAACAAAAAAGUCAUAUCAUCCCAAAACGCAAAAUGAAACUCUUAUAUCAUCGGGUUUGAUAUACCGAGAAAAGAUGGCUGCUUCCAUGAUCAAACAUUUUUCCAAGGGAGCCAGAGUGUUAGCUGGACAGGUGUGGAGGUCUGCUCCCAGGGUGAAGGAUGCUGGAGAAACCAGUUUAGUACAUAAGUUUUCCACCCUAAAUCUUGAGACUGUUGACAGAGGAAGCACAGUGAUGAGACAGGGUGUAUGUGGAGCUUCAACUCAAAGGUCAUUGCUGGAAGUUUGUCAGCCAUUUAAAACCACAAUCCGCACCAAAAUACGCUACAGUAAACUGAACAAGGACAAAACAGCUCGGCCAGUGGUUCGGCGAUUCUAUCGACUGGACUGGGGGGCAUGGAUCCGAACUCGCUGUGGGCGGGGCAAGAAACGAUUCCAGAAGUCAGCGGAACGCAAGAGACGAUUGGACCAACAUGUGUUCUGUAAUAAACAGCAAAACAAACUUCUAGACCAACUUGUUACACCAUUUUGGAGAAGGAAAAUGUUUUUUGUGGAUGACCCUUAUGCACCCUAUCAAAAAAGACAUCAUAUUCCUAAAUAUUACAAAGAAAAGCCAGUUUUUCUUCCUUGAUUUAAAACCAGCGUGUUUAAUAGUCUAGUUUUUGUAUGUUUUGUUUUGAAAUAAAUUUAUUUGGAUCCAAUUUUCA